UUCAAAUAAUCCAACUACAGCUAUACAAUGUCGGGAAACUUAGGUUCUAGUUUUAGUCUGAAAUGCUCUGCGAAACCAUGGGCAUUCCAUAAUGUAGGAAAUAAAUAUAAUUAGUUUUGUAAUGCAUAUUUUCUGGAAACAAAAAUUUAUUUACAGUGGACCCCCGCAUACCAUACGCAUCGCAUACUGUACAAUCCGCAUACCGCUCGCUUUUUUCGCAAAAAUUUUGCCUCACGUACCGCCCAAAAACCCGCUCACCGCUCUUCGUCCGAGACGCGUCCAAUGUGCGCCCUUAGCCAGCCUCACAUGUGCCGCCGGUGGCAUUGUUUACCAGCCAGCCUCCGCGGUAACAUCCAAGCAUACAAUCGGAACAUUUCGUAUUAUUACAGUGUUUUCGGUGAUUUAUCUGGAAAAUAAGUGACCAUGGGCCCCAAGAAAGCUUCUAGUGCCAACCCUACAGGAAUAAGGGUGAGAAUUACUAUAGAGAUGAAGAAAGAGAUCAUUGAUAAGUAUGAAAGUGGAGUGCGUGUCGCCGACCUGGCCAGGUUGUACAAGAAACCCAAAUCAACCAUCGCUACUAUUGUGGGCAACAGAAAGGCAAUCAAGGAAGCUGUUCUUGCCAAAGGUUUAACUGUGUUUUCGAAACAGAGAUCGCAAGUGAUGGAAGAUGUUGAGAGACUCUUAUUGGUGUGGAUAAAUGAAAAACAGGUAGCAGGAGAUAGCGUCUCUCAAGCGAUCAUAAGCGAAAAGGCUAGGAAGUUGCAUGAGGAUUUAAUUAAAAAAAUGCCUGCAACUAGUGAUGAUGUGAGUGAAUUUAAGGCCAGCAAAGGUUGGUUUGAGAGAUUUAAGAAGCGUAGUGGCAUACAUAGUGUGAUAAGGCAUGGUGAGGCUGCCAGUUCGGACCACAAAGCAGCUGAAAAAUAUGUGCAGGAAUUCAAGAAGUACAUAGACAGUGAAGGACUGAAACCUGAACAAGUGUUUAAUUGUGAUGAAACAGGCCUGUUUUGGAAGAAAAUGCCAAGCAGGACCUACAUUACUGAGGAGGAAAAGGCACUCCCAGGACAUAAGCCUAUGAAAGACAGGCUUACUUUGUUGAUGUGUUCCAAUGCUAGUGGUGAUUGCAAAGUGAAGCCUUUAUUAGUGUAUCACUCUGAAACUCCCAGACCGCUCAGGCAAAAGAAUGUCCUCAAGGAGAAUUUGUGUGUGCUGUGGAGGGCAAACAGUAAGGCAUGGGUCACUAGGGACUUUUUCUAUGACUGGUUACACCAUGCAUUUGCCCCCAAUGUGAAAGAUUACUUAACUGAAAAGAAAUUAGAACUUAAGUGCCUCCUGGUGUUAGACAAUGCCCCUGGUCAUCCUACAGACGUGGCAGAGCGACUUUAUGGGGACAUGAAAUUCAUUAAGGUGAAGUUUUUGCUUCCUAAUACCACUCCUCUCCUGCAGCCCAUGGACCAGCAGGUUAUUGCAAACUUCAAAAAACUGUACACAAAAGCUCUGUUUGAAAGGUGCUUUGUAGUGACCUCAGAAACUCAACUGACUCUAAGAGAGUUUUGGAGAGAGCACUUAAAUAUCCUCAAUUGUGUAAACCUUAUAGGUAAGGCUUGGGAGGGAGUGACUAAGAAGACCUUGAACUCUGCUUGGAAGAAACUGUGGCCAGAAUGUGUAGACAAAAAGGAUUUUGAAGGGUUUGAGGCUAACCCUGAGAGGAUUAUGCCAGUUGAGGAAUCCAUUGUGGCAUUGGGAAAGUCCUUGGGGUUGGAGGUUAGUGGGGAUGAUGUGGAAGAGUUGGUGGAGGAGGACAAUGAAGAACUAACCACUGAUGAGCUGAUAGAUCAACUUCAACAGCAAGAGGCCAGACCUGAGGAAAAUGGUUCAGAGGAGGGGAGAGAGAAAUUGCCUACUACAAAGAUUAAGGAAAUCUGUGCAAAGUGGCUUGAAGUGCAAACCUUCAUGGAUGAAAAUCACCCUCACACAGCUAUUGCAAGCCGUGCUGGUGAUUAUUACACUGACAAUGUUGUGAAACACUUGAGGGAAGUCAUAAAGGAACGAGAGGUACAGGCCACUAUGGACAGAUAUGUUGUGCGAAAGAAGUCCAGUGACUCUGAAGCUGGUCCUAGUGGCAUUAAAAGAAGAAGGGAAGUAACCCCAGAAAAGGACUCGACACCUCAAGUCUUAAUGGAAGGGGAUUCCCCUUCUAAACACUAACACUCUCUCUCCCCUCCUCCCAUCCCAUCAAUCAUCACCAGAUCUUCAAUAAAAGUAAGUGUCAUGUAAUUGUGCAUGCCUUUUUCAGUUUGUGUGUAUUAAAAUUAACAUUUCAUGUGGUAAAUUUUUUUUUUUCAUACUUUUGGGUGUCUUGCACGGAUUAAUUUGAUUUCCAUUAUUUCUUAUGGGGAGAAUUCAUUCGCAUACCGAACAUUUCACAUAACAAUCAGCCCUCUUGCACGGAUUAAAGUCGCUAUGCGGGGGUCCACUGUAUUAUUACAAAGUUCCUAGGUAGUAGGUUGGUAGACAGCAACUGCCCAGGGAGGUACUACCAUCGUACCAAGUGAGUGUAAAAUGAAAGCCUGUAAUUGUUUUACAUGAUGGUAGGAUUGCUGGUGUCUUUUCUGUCUCAUAAACACGCAAGAAUUUGGGUACAUUUUGCUACUUCUUACACUUAGGUCAGACUACACAUGCAGUACACAUGUAGUACAAGCAUAUAUGUACACACCCCUCUGGGUUUUCUUCUAUUUUCUUAUUAGUUCUUGUUCUUAUUUAUUUCCUCUUAUCUCCAUGGGGAAGUGGAACAGAAUUCUUCCUCCGUAAGCCAUGUGUGUCAUAAGAGGCGACUGAAAUGCCUGGAGCAAGGGGCUAGUAACCCCUUCUCCUGUAUACAUUUGUUUUUCUUUUUUGGGCCACCCUGCUUUGGUGGGUUACGACAGUUUUGUUGAAAGAUGAUGAUUUACGAAGUUGACCUACUGAGGGGCACAGCUGAUGCUGCCUCCCACAUUUUUGUAUUAUUAUUUUUUCUUUACUUUGGCUUUAUCAAAUGCAAAAAGGAUGCAUAAAAUACACAAAAAAAAUUAUAGGCUUUAGCAGAAAGCUUAGAAAAUACAAAACAUCAGUAUCUGGCUAUCUGACCUUUUUGAUUCAUUUUGUUUUUUAAUUGUUAGAGUUUGGUGGCAAACAAUUCAUGUGUGUUUCAGUCCAGUAUUUUUUGGUAUUUAUAGUAUUUUUAUGUUAUGAAACAUAUUGCAUUAUUGAUAUGAUUACCUAAAUGUUGAUUCAUAUACUUUACUAACCAAAAUGAAGAGCACAUUUUAUGUUCCUAAUUUUAUUUCAGGCUUACGUUGAUUUAAAUGCUUACAUUUGGUUACAAAGUGAUCGCUACUUCCAAGACCCAGGCAUGUUGCGUCCUGAACGCUGGCUGAGAGACUUAUCUGGAAGUACAAACAUAGAUCCCUACAUCCUCAAUCCAUUCAGUAUUGGUACUCGGAUGUGUGCAGGUCGCAGGUUUGCAGAGCAGGAUUUGUAUGUUGGCCUGUGUCGAUUGCUGCUGAAGUUUCAUUUAGUGGCAACAGACAACACUCCACCACAGCAAGAAUGGAGUAUGCUGCUACGACCAAAGAUUCCACUGCCUCUACAGUUCGUUCCAAGGAAUUAAUCACUGAUGCAGUGUUAUUCUGUACAUCAAUAUAAUAUUGUCAUAUAACAGCCGUGAUAUACAGGCAACCCCCAACUUACAACUACCUGAUCUGUGUUUCUCCCUGCCUUGCAUUUAUGGCCAUGGUGUUCCUUCUCAGAAACUGAACACCCUUUAAUAACAUGUACCUGCUGGAACUAAAGGUUCGGCUUAUGUCAGAGAAACUAGUAACAACUCGUCUGGAACUAAUUAGCAACUGGCAGUGGCUCAGAACUAAUUAGGUUUUAGUUGUGGGGGCCACCUGUAUUAAAAGACCAGGUAUGCGCAAUAUAUGGAGUGUGAGCUGGGUAAUAUUUUGUGAAGGGAUUCAGGGAAACUGGUUUGCCGGACUUUAGUCUUGGAGGUGUUUAGAGUGAAAUCUAAACUGUCAUAUCUGUGCACCUCUGGCAAAACAGUGAUAAUGUGAAUGAUGGUGAAAGUGUUUCUUUUUCAAGUCACUCUGCCUUGGUGGGAGAUGGCCAUUGUGUAAAAAAAAAAAUGGAUUGCAUUACCUUGGACGAAGGAAAAAAUGUGUAUACAGUAGGGCCCUGCUUUACGGCGUUUCACUUUACGGCGUUCCACUAAUACGGUCAUUUCAAAUUAUGACCAAAACUCUCUACACAGCUCCCCCCACCUGACUUUCUAAUGUGGUCACUGUGCCCCAACUGGUUUGUUUACAUUCUCUGUGAGAUCUGUAAGUACUAAGUCUCUCUAUUAUGUCUGGAAACUCCAAAAUUUCAAGUGUUUAUAACCCUUAAAUGGUCCAAACGUAUAUAUACGUUCUCUCGCGUAGCGCCCCAAACGUAUAUAUACGCUUCAUUUGUCUUUUAUUCAACAUUGGCACGAUAGGCCUGAGUCACCCAGACAUGAGAGAAUGGGUGUGCACACUCAUAUGAAAAAAAUAUGAAAAAAAUUGGGGAUGCCUGGGUACAACAUGCUCUUUUUUCCUAUAAAAAAAAAAGAUUUUUUUUUCCCUCAAAAUAUUCGGGGUGGUGCACAGGUGAAUGUACAUAUACGUUUAGACUGUUUAAGGGUUAAAAGUUAUUUCAUGUUUUAUAUAUACUCUGAUAAUUAUACAUAUGUAUACCUGUACCUAAAUAAACUUACACACUGUGCUGGCAUGCAGGUACAUAAUAAAAUCAGUAAGAGUGUCUUAUGUCUCAAGAUACCAUAUUAGUGAUGGUAGACAGCAACCACCCAGGGAGGUACUACCGUCCUGCCAAGUGAGUGUAAAACGAAGCCUGUGAUUGUUUUACAUGAUGGUAGGAUUGCUGAUGUCUUUUGUCUGUCUCAUAAAUAUGCAAGAUUACAGGCAUGUCUUGCUACUUCUACUUACACUUAGGUCACACUACACAUACAUGUACACAUUUAUUUAUACACACUCAUCUGAGUUUUUCUUUGAUUUUAUCUUAAUAGUUCUUGGUCUUAUUAAUUUUCCUUUUAUAUCCAUGGGGAAGUGGAAUAAGAAUCUUUCCUCCGUAAGCCAUGCGUGUUGUAAAAGUCAACUAAAAUGCCGGGAACAAUGGGCUAGUAACCCCUUUUCCUGUAAAGAUUACUAAAAAGAAUAAGAAGAAGAAAAUUGUCAAAGUGGGAAGUCUAUGUGGCGUGGAUGUUGUGCAGAUGAUAAGAAAGAGAUGAUUGUGGAUGUUAUGAAUGAGAAGAAGCUGGAUGUCCUGGCUUUAAGUGAAACAAAGCUGAAGGGGGUGGGAGAGUUUCAGUGGAGAGGAAUAAAUGGGAUUAGGUCAGGGGUUUCAAAUAGAGUUAGAGCUAAAGAAGGAGUAGCAAUAAUGUUGAA